ACAUCAGACGGACAGAAUAGGUGGGACAUCUACACAACUGACAUUCACCGGGACCAAACGGUCCGAAAGAUCCUCUUUAUUUCCACGCAUUUCCACAUAUAAAUACAAGCCAUACACGCUUUUUUGAGGCAAACGGAAGUUUUAUCUUGAAGGAUUUCACAGGAAGCCCGGUGUUUUAUUCUCGCGCGCUUGUGAUCCAUUCGGAGCACAUUGUGUCCUGGAGUUUGUUGCUGCUGCUGCCAACCAGCGGUGGUCCGCUCACUUCAGAUCCCGCUGCUGCCAGGGGUUGUGGCGCACAACAGCGUCCAGCCUGGCGGUUGUCAGCAUUUGGUUUCCUUCAGGACAAGGACGGCCAGUCGUCCAGCUUUGACAGUAAAACUUGAUGUUCCUGUGAAUGUGAAGCGUUGUGAUCAUGACGUCCUCCGGUGCCUCGGCCGCUGUGCCUCCAUGUUUCCACUACGAAACCAAAUACAUUGUGCUGAACUUCAUCAGAAAGCUGCCUGUCUACAGGUCACGGACUGUAACCACAGAGCUAGGAGACGCCCAGGAUGAGUGGGAGAGAAGCAGACGAAUGAAGCAGCAAAUCGACGAGGAGCUGAAGCAGCUGCAGCAGGAAGUCAAUGACUCGUUUUCCGAGUUGGACUUUGACCUGCGCCAGUCGGUGGUGUUCUCCCCGCCGAACCCGGACAACUCCGUGGAGGAGAGCCUCGCCGCCAUGGGGCACGGCGUGUCCCGGGAGCUCGGCCUGCACCUCUCCGCCGCCGUGGAGAAACUCCUGUCAGGGCCUCUGGACUACCAGAGGUUUCAGAGCGCAGCUCUGGAUCUGGCUAGACACACAGAAUCGGGCUGGAACAAGGUGUUGGUGUCGCUGCUGCUGCUGCAGGCCCUGCGGUUCGAGGGGAAGCCUCUGAGCACGCUGCUGCAGCUGGGGCUGCGCUGCCUGCAGGAGGACGAGGCGCAGUUCAUCAUCCAGCAGGGAGGAUGGGGUAAAGUUCUGAGCCUGGUGCAGAACGAGAACGAAGACGAGGAUCCCACGGCGGCCGUCGCCGACGACAGCAACGACAUCUACAUCCUGUCAGAGGAGCAGCAACCCGGCGCGCUCAGCACCGGCGACAGCGGCGAGCCGAGCGCCUGGCAGACGGACAGCCUGCCGGUGUCCCUGGGCGGCCACGAGUCGUGGGCGCAGGUCGACCCGAUGGACCCCGAAGACGUGAAGGACCUUCACGGCGGCGAGGGCGUGGCGCUGGUCGAGGAGCGCAGCGAAAACAACUCCUCCAACUCCGACAUCGUCCAUGUGGAGCGGGAGGAGGCGGAACUCAUGGAGGAGGUCGCCGACGCCGACGGCGACGGCAUUGAGGAGAGCAUGAUGAGCCUUCUGAUGACCGAGAGCGACCUGGCGGCGCUGCAGGCCGAGUUCGGAGACCCGGUUCUGCACACAGAGCCGCCGUCGUCCCUGGUGCUGCCGGAGGAGCCCGUCGUCAUGGAGACGCCUAAGAGUUUGUCCCCAGAAGCAGAAGCCCCGCCUCCUGUUCCUGCAGUAGAACCCGACCCGGACCCGGAACCCGAAGCCACGACUCAAGCCGAGGAAGUCCCACCAGAACCAGCAGAACCUGAAACCCCGCCAGAACCAGCGUCCAUCCCAAAGCAGAACACUGAGCCUGAACUGGAACCAGAACCAGAACCGGAUUCCUCUGUGACCCCUGCGCCAGAGGUCCUGGCUGAAGAGGCCCCGGUUCUUGAGGUCCCCAAAGAGUCGCCUGAGGCCCCGGCGAAACCAGAACCAGAACCGGCGGAGGAGUUCCCGGUUCUGCUGUAUGGCGGAGCGGUUCUGGUUCUGGUUGCCGCGGUGACCUUCGGCUUGGUUCUGUUCAGGAGGAGGAGGUAGAAAUAUGUCCAGGUUUAAAUAAAUGUUCUAUUCUUGAUGUAAAAGCUCCUUGGUGCCGGGUUUCUCUGGUCGGCCCGGUCCAAAAGAACCGGGCCCUGAAGCAGGAUCAUCUCCUCCUCACUCUGUCUUCUGUCCGUUUCUGUCUCACCUUUCAUGAUUUUUCUAACUUUUUCAGCAGCAAAAUGAGAUUUAAACUUUUUGAAAAAUGAAUAUUGAUGAAAUAUUUUAUUUUCUGAAUCCAGGCAGGAAGUUCUGGUAUAAAAAUUAUCUGUUGCAUGUUUUACUGCACAUGCAACGUGGUUUUUGUUUUUUAUGAAUAAGAUAUUAAAGUUUUUUCCUCCCUAGAGACGAGUGGAAAUAUUUGAAUAUGAAGGUUUAAUGCGCCGCUUCAUGAUGCUGCUGUAAAACAGGAACUGAAGGCAGAAAUAUGGAAGACAAUUCCUGCCGUGAAUGAAAAAAAUAAAAGAACAGGAAGUUGUAACAGAAAA